CAGACCGGAAGUGACAUCGCAGGAACAGCAGGAAGGCUCGCGCGCUGAUCUGCUUGGGCGGUCAGUAGAAGUUGCUGGUUAUUUUGGCACCAUGGGGCGGAAAGUUACAUUAGCGACUUGCUCCCUGAAUCAAUGGGCUUUAGAUUUUGAUGGCAAUUUACAAAGAAUACUGAAAAGUAUUGAGAUAGCCAAAUCUAAAGGAGCCAAGUACAGACUGGGACCAGAACUGGAAAUCUGUGGCUACGGAUGCGCUGAUCACUUCUAUGAAUCCGACACACUUCUGCACAGCUUCCAAGUCCUCAAGGCGCUGCUGGAGUCCCCUGAGACGCAGGAUAUCGUCUGCGAUGUUGGCAUGCCUGUUAUGCAUCACAACGUUCGCUAUAACUGCAGAGUCCUGUUCCUGAACAAGAAGAUUUUAUUGAUCCGGCCUAAGAUGCUUUUGGCAAAUCAUGGCAACAACAGGGAAUUUCGCUGGUUUUCUCCAUGGAGUAAGCCCAGAUAUGUUGAGGAGUACUUUUUGCCAAGAAUGAUCCAGGAUGUGACAGGACAGGUGACGGUUCCAUUUGGUGAUGCAGUCCUGUCCACUAAGGACACGUGUAUAGGCAGUGAGAUCUGUGCUGAACUGUGGAACCCCAGGAGUCCCCAUGUGGACAUGGGUUUGGACGGCAUUGAGAUCUUUACAAACUCGUCUGCCAGCUAUCAUGAGCUACGCAAGGCUGACCAGAGGGUGAACUUGGUCAAGUCAGCUACCACAAAGAGUGGAGGGAUCUAUCUGUUCGCUAAUCAGAAAGGCUGUGAUGGAGAUCGUCUGUACUACGAUGGCUGCGCUAUGAUUGCCAUCAACGGAGACAUUGUCGCUCAGGGGACACAGUUCUCCCUUGAUGAAGUGGAAGUUCUCACAGCCACUCUUGACCUUGAGGACGUUCGCAGCUACAGAGGAGAGAGAUGUCACCCGCACAUGGAGUACGAACACAAACCAUACGAAAGGAUCAAGGUCGAUUUUUCAUUGUCUGACUGCAAAGACACCUUCUUUCCCACUCACCAGGCUGUCGAUUGGAUCUUUCACACGCCUGAGGAGGAGAUUAGUCUUGGUCCUGCAUGCUGGCUAUGGGACUAUUUAAGGAGGAGCGGUCAGGCCGGCUUCCUGCUUCCUCUCAGUGGUGGAGUUGAUAGCGCCUCUUCAUCCUGCAUCGUCUACUCCAUGUGUGUACUCAUCUGUCAGGCAGUCAAAGAUGGCAAUGAUCAGGUGUUGCAGGAUGUUCAGCGCGUGGUGAGCGAUGCCUCUUACAGGCCUAAAGAUCCGCGGGAGUUGUGUGGACGCCUCUUCACCACCUGCUACAUGGGCAGUGAAAAUUCCUCAGAAGACACCCGCAACCGAGCGAAAGAGCUGGCUGCUCAAAUCGGCAGCAAUCAUCUCAACAUCAACAUUGACAUGGCGGUGAAAGGCAUGCUGGGAAUCUUCUCCAUGGUGAUGGGCAAGUGGCCUAAUUUUCGUGCAAAUGGAGGGAGCAGUAGAGAGAACCUGGCUCUGCAGAAUGUACAGGCUCGUGUCAGGAUGAUUUUGGCCUACCUCUUUGCCCAGCUGUAUCUGUGGGCUAAAGGGAAACCUGGAGGUCUGCUGGUGCUUGGCUCAGCCAAUGUGGAUGAGAGUUUGACUGGCUACUUCACUAAAUAUGACUGCUCCAGUGCCGAUAUAAACCCCAUUGGAGGUGUUAGUAAGAUGGACCUGAAGAGCUUCCUGCGUUACUGUGCCGAGCACUUUAAGCUUUCCGCUCUUAAGAGCAUCAUAGCUGCCCCUCCCACUGCAGAGCUCGAACCCUUGACCGACGGCCACGUGUCUCAGACUGAUGAGGCCGAUAUGGGGAUGACCUAUUCGGAGCUGUCGGUGAUCGGCAAGCUUAGGAAGAUCUCCAAGUGUGGCCCGUACAGCAUGUUCUGCAAGCUCAUUCACUCAUGGAGAGAAAGCUAUUCCCCUUCCCAGGUGGCUGCAAAAGUGAAGCAUUUCUUCAGGAUGUACUCGGUCAACAGGCACAAGAUGACUACAGUGACUCCGUCGUACCAUGCUGAGAGCUACGGCCCGGACGACAACCGCUUUGACCUCCGUCCCUUCCUCUACAACACACGGUGGUCUUGGCAGUUCCGCUGCAUUGACCAUGAGAUUUCCUUAAUGGAAGCUGGAUAUGCAGAAUUCAUAUAAGGUCCUUAUCUAAUAAUCUUCACGAUUAUUGUUUUAAGAUUCUGAUCAUGUUUCUAUUGCUAUGUCAAAUAAUAUCCUUUUAAAUGCACCAUGUAGUAUGUUCAUUAGUGCUCCUUAAUGUUGGAGUUUACUCAUAUAUAUUACUGUACCUAGUAAUUACCUCAAAUUAUUGGAUAUGUUUUAACAAAAAGGAAAUAAAGGGGAAAAAAUGCUUUGUAACUAUUCAUUUAAGUUUUCCCUCACAGGAAAGUCUUCAGUCUAGAGGAUGCUGGUGAGGGAACAACUGUUUAUAGGUGCUCUAAUGUAAGACAUAACAAGAACCUUGCUUCACAGACGCUCCAUUAAAAUGUAACGAUGAAAUGUAUCACGUAAAAAUGUAAUCACUGGCAAAUUGCUCUGGUACAAGAGGAAUAAAACAUUUUCAGAUGUGCUGGUAAUAAAAUAGCAAUAACAUUGGACUACUGGUUGGAAAGUUGUGAGUUCAAAACCCAGCACUGCCAAGCUGCCCUGCUGGGCCCUUGAGCAAGGCCCUUAACCCUCAACUGAUCAGUUGUAUAAAUGAGAUUAUUGUGAUGAGAUUAAUGAUUAAGACGCUCUGGAUAAGGGCGUCUUCCAAAUGCCAUAAAAAUUAAUCAGCUUCACCUUUGUGCCAGAUCACAUCACCAUGUUGAUGAUUUUUCCCAUAACGGCAUGCCGUGUCAUGUUUUAUUCCUUACUUUAGUUCCGUUUGUAAGUUAUGAUCUAAUUAACUACAGUUUAGACAUUAAUAAUUUAAGAAAAAAAUUCCUUCUUUUGCUUUUUAACUACAUUAUUGUCUAGCUCCAAUGCUAAAUAAAAAAAGCCUCAUGCACUAAACAUGUUUCAGCUGAAUAGUGAAACCUAUUCCUUAAAAUCAUGGAUUGUGCUGCAGACAGCAUGUGGAAGCCCAUCCGUCCACAUGUAUGACUGCCUUAUCCUCUAGGAAAAAAGGCAGGUGACUGCAUGGGAAGCUUUUCUUUCCAGAUCUGAGUUGUCUUUCCUAUAUGACGAAGUCCUGUUCCCCAUACACAUACAGGGACACUGACUCAAGAGUCUCAUCUGUGUGGAAGCCUGUGCUUUGACAUGUGUAUCGCACAUUAAUACGCCAAAGUAUUUGUGUUUUGGUCUGUUAACUGUUUGUGCAUGCUCCAGGAUAUAGCAGAUUCUGUGGUCACAUGUAGCAUGUAUUCAUUGCAUGACUGACUGAGUUAAGUGAAUUAUCUGACUCCAAUUUAGAACAUUAAUGUAACUGAUUCCAAACAAUAAAUGUUUAAUUAAAUUUCCUUCCCCACUGAGCACUUCAUUAUAAUAUACCCAGCUUUAUAAUAUUAUAUAC